AUGGAGCCCGCACCGGCAAAGGGGAAACCGCAGGGUCGCCUUUUGGUGUCCACGACCCUGGACGCAAAAGAUGAACUUGAGGAGCGGUUGGAGAGAUGUGUCGGGAUCACCACGUCCAUAACCAAUGGGCUAUCUGAACGUGAAGCUAACGAUGCCCUCACUGCCCACGUGUGUAAGGGGCCCCAGCAGCAUGAGGAGGUGUGCCUUGGUCUGUUCACACUGCUGCUCACAGAACCACCGCAAGCACAACGGUGUUACAGGGACCUGACACUGGUGAAUCGUGAUGGCAUGAAUGUGAUUCUCAUGAAGAUUAAUCAGAUCCUUAUGGAGAAGUUCCUCAAACUGCAGGACGUGUGCCGCACACAGUUGGUGUGGUUGGUAAGAGAGCUGGUGAAGAGUGGGGUUAUUGGGACAGAUGGGGUGCUCAUGACCCUUAUGAAACAGAUUGCUGGAGGUGACAUCUCCAGCAAAAACCUAUGGCUGGCCGAAAACGUUUUGGACAUCCUGGUUGAUCAAAGGGAGUGGGUGUUGAAGAGUGGUAUGCUAGUGGCCAUGUCUGUGUACACGUACCUGCGACUCAUCGUGGACCACGGCACACCCAAUCUGCUGCCCCUCAGACAGAGAGAGGUGGACUUCUGCAUCGGCUUACUGCGCGAGAGGUUUAUGGAGUGUUUCAUCAUUGGCAGAGAUCUGGUCAGGCUACUGCAGAAUGUGGCUCGCAUUCCUGAGAUGGAGUUACUCUGGAGAGACCUGCUACACAAUCCCCAAACCCUGAGCCCACAGUUCACCGGCUUACUGCAGCUGCUCACCUCACGCACAUCCCGUAAAUUUCUGGCCUGUCGCCUCACGCCCGACAUGGAGACCAAGCUACUGUUCAUGACCUCCAGGGUGCGUUUUGGACAGCAGAAACGUUACCAGGAUUGGUUUCAAAGGCAGUACCUGUCCACGGCAGAGAGCCAAUCACUGCGCUGCGAUCUUAUUCGCUACAUAUGUGGCGUGGUCCAUCCUUCCAACGAGGUUUUGAGUUCUGACAUCCUGCCUCGCUGGGCUAUCAUUGGCUGGCUGCUGACCACAUGCACGUCUAAUGUGGCAGCCUCCAACGCUAAACUGGCACUCUUCUACGACUGGCUCUUUUUCAACCCGGAGAAAGACAGCAUCAUGAAUAUCGAGCCGGCUAUCUUGGUGAUGCAUCACUCCAUGAAGCCCCAUCCAGCCAUCACGGCCACGUUACUGGACUUCAUGUGUCGAAUCAUCCCUAAUUUCUUCCCACCCCUGGAGAGCCAGGUGCGCCAGGGAGUGUUUAAUUCUCUUAAUUUCAUCAUGGAGAAGAGAGUCCUGGCCCACCUGGCUCCUCUGUUUGAUAACCCUAAACUGGACCGAGAGCUGCGCUCCAUGCUGAGAGAACGUUUCCCUGAGUUCUGCAGCUCUCCUUCCCCUCCCACUGAAGUGAAAAUGGAAGAGUCUGUUCCUUUGGAGAUGGACAAUCAUGUGCUAGACAAAGAGGACGGUUGCUAUGACAACACAGACGCUACUUUCAGCGAUGAUGAGGAGGAAAUGAACAAUAAAGGUAAAAAACGUGAAUUCAGGUUCCACCAAAUCAAGGAGACUUUCAUCGAGGAGCCUGCUGACAUCACUCCGUACGUGGACCAGCUGGAGGAAACUCUGAAGGAGAAAGUGUUACAGUUACAGAAAGGGAGUGACACGGAGGCACAGUGUGAGGUCAUGCAAGAAAUCGUGGAUCUGAUUUUAGAGGAGGACUUUGACUCAGCAGAGCAGAUGUCAGCUCUGGCCUCCUGCCUGGCUGAGCUGUUUAAGGCCCAUUUCAGAGGAGAUGUUCUGCCUGAAGAGAUCACUGAGGAGUCCCUGGAGGAGUCUGUGUGUAAGCCUGUCUGUCUGAUCUUCAGGAACCUGUGUCAGAUGCAGGAGGAUAACAGCGGCUUUUCUGUGCUGCUGGACAUGCUGGCUGAGCUCUAUCAGAAGCAGCCUAAGAUCGGCUACCACCUGCUCUACUACCUCAAGGCCAGUAAAGCGGCGGCGGGGAAGAUGAGCCUGUACGAGUCGUUUGCUCAGGCCACGGCUCUGGGGGAUCUGCACACCUGUCUGAUGAUGGACAUGAAAGCCUGCCAAGAGGACGACGUGCGACUGCUCUGUUACCUCACGCCCUCCAUCUAUUCAGAGUUCCCUGAUGAGACACUGCGCAGCGGAGAACUCCUCAACAUGAUUGUGGCCGUCAUCGAUUCCACACAGCUUCAAGAGCUGAUGUGUCAUGUGAUGAUGGGGAAUCUGGUGAUGUUCCGUAAAGACUCGGUGCUCAACAUCCUGAUUCAGUCUCUGGACUGGGAGACGUUUGAACAGUACAGCACGUGGCAGCUCUUCCUGGCUCACAGUAUUCCUCUGGAGACCAUCAUUCCCAUCCUACAGCAUCUCAAAUACAAGGAGCACCCAGAGGCUCUCUCUUGUCUGCUGCUGCAGCUACGCAGAGAAAAGCCCACCGAGGAGAUGGUGAAGAUGGUUCUGAGUCGGCCGUGUCACCCUGAAGACCAGUUCACCACCAGUAUCCUGCGUCACUGGGCAGCCAAACACGACGACUUACUAGGAGAGCACAUCAAAGCCCUGCUUAUCAAGAAUAACAACAUGCCCCGCAAACGCCAGAGCCUGCGCAGCUCCAGCAGUAAACUGGCGCAGCUCACUUUAGAGCAGAUACUGGAACACAUGGAUAACCUGAGACUCAGCCUCAGUAACACCAAGAACAACUUCUUUACUCAGACGCCCAUCCUCCAGGCCCUGCAGCACGUUCAGGCCAGCUGUGAUGAAGCUCACAAGAUGAGGUUCAGCGAUCUUUUCUCAUUGGCUGAGGAAUAUGAGGACUCCUCCAAACCACCCAAAUCACGCCGCAAGGCCCCGGCGUCGUCGCCACGGUCCCGUAAGGGAGCAGCUCCACCUGCCAGUAAUGAGGAGGAGAGCGCCUCCAGCAGCGCUUCGGAGGAGGAGGACUCCAAACCCAAAGCCCCGAAAAGAAAGAGGAAAGGCUCGUCUGCAGUGGGGUCUGACAGUGACUGA